CGCUGUAAAAUAAACAGCCCUUCUAGCUAUUACUUUGGAAAACAAGAAGCAUUAUACAGCUAUAAUGUUUUGUAUUGUUUAAUUUUAAAAUUUCAUUUUCUUACUUCUCGACGGCUUAAAUUUCCUCCGCCCAUCUUGGCAUGACGGCUUCCCAUUUCCUUCAUUUCGUUGAUGAAGCGCCUCCUGACUUCCUGGGGAUCAAUCACUAACACCAAUAUUCUGCUGCUGUUUAGCAGCAUCAUUUGAACACGCGAUGAACUCGCCAUUAGCUAUCCUGAAGUUCCUCGUUCUUAAAACACCAUUUAUCCUGAAAACUGCACUGUUCCACGUCUUCUCGCUGUCACCAACUGCCUCAAAAUGGGACCUCCGCACCGCCUUUGUCGUUAACAUCAUUCGUGAGAUGUUGACUAACUCCCCUCCAUCGACAAUAUCCAAGCAGCAAGAGGGUACGCUGAGGGACCCCGGAAUCAAAGGCAAGAUGUGGGUCAGCAAAGUCGCCAUGCCAGCCCCGUCGGAAGAUGCGCUGCUGGAUCUGUUGGUCAGCACAAUCGACGCGCUCAAGCAGGAGGAUGAGUCGUACUCUAGGCCGGCUCUUGUGCCAGUCGAGGCAGAAUGGACAGGUUACCGUGCAGACGUCGCAGAUAACGCACCCGAGCCAUCAAUUUCAGAAGCCGAGAAGUACGAGAACAUGAUGAAGGAGGUCACCACCGAUGUCACUUUACUCUACUUCCACGGCGGAUCACUCUAUCUGAUGGAUCCCUGCACGCAAAGAUCAGCAGUAUCGAAAUACAGCAAAAUCACGGGAGGCCGAGUGCUCUCUGUGCGCUACCGCCUUGCUCCACAGAACCCCUUCCCGGCCGCACUACUCGAUGCAUUCGUCAUCUAUCUAUCCCUUCUCUACCCACCAGCCAGUGCGCUCCACAAGCCGGUUCCGGCAUCCCAAAUAGUCUUUGCGGGUGACUCCGCAGGCGGAAACAUCUCCGUUGUCCUUCUCCAGACCCUCCUCCAGAUCCACCGCACCGCGCCUACCGGAACCGUCCCCACCGUUCUCUUCCACGGCAAAGAGGUUGAAAUACCCCUUCCCGCCGGCCUUGCGCUCAGUUCCCCCUCUCUUGACCUCACGCGCUCCAUGCCAUCGACACAAACAAACGCAAUAUACGACUAUCUCCCCCCACCAACAGUCGCACUCACCAAAUCACCCCCCUGCGCCAUCUGGCCCGCCAAUCCACCCCGUGCCUACCUCUAUUGCGAGGGAAGCAUGCUAUGCCACCCUCUCGUGUCCCCUCUCUCUGGGGAAUCCUGGGCAGGCGCACCGCCAAUAUUCGUCGUUAGCGGCGAGGAGAUGCUGGCGGAUGAGGGGAAGGCGUUUGUGCAGAAGGCUGCGGCGCAGGGAGUUACAGUGGUCUGGGAGCAGUAUGAGGCGAUGCCGCAUUGCUUCUCGUUGCUUUUGGAGGGCAACCCGGUGGGUGCGAUGAGUUUCGAUUCUUGGGCUGAAUUUGUGAAGAUGGCAGUGCAAAACCCGGCGGAGAUUAUGACGAAGGCGGAUUUUAUCACGGCGAAAGCUUUGGUUAGGCAGCCAGUGGAUAUUGGCAAAUUAAUGGAGAUGAGUGAUGAGGUUAUCCUGGGGCGUAUGAGGAAGUCGAGGCAGGAGAUAAUUGAGCGCGCUGCCACGAAUUAAUGAAGUGGCAUAGGUCUCAAUUAUAUGUAUAACUCUCUCUCUACUAUUUGUUGUACUUUAUUAUACCCAUUAGCUUUGCCUAAACUUUAUUAUCGACGCAGAUGUGUUGAGAUUGACACAAGGCUUUGUGCAAGACACAUCAAAUGUAUUGCGCAUAAAUGAUUUACAUCAAGGAGGAUACAAUUUGAUUCUAUGAAAACGUUAAUAAAUAAAUUCUAAAAGUAAUGUAGUUGGGG